UGUGAUUUAACUAGUGAAUUAAUAACAUUUGAAUUUGGAUCGAUAGUGAAUGCAAGCGGAAUGCAAUCAGAAACACCAAAGAAAAUAUUUUCCAGUCUUCUGAACAAUCAUCAUUUCUCGUGAAAGCAGGUGCCUCAUUUUGAUUUAUGAGUUUAUAUUGUGAUACAAUGAUUUACAAAAACUUAAUACCUAUUUACCUGAAAAAAGUACUUGAUGAAAAACUUAUCUUAAUGAUUGCUGUAUUAUUUCGUUGGUUUGUCAGCUUGCAUGAUUAUUCUGGAAAAUCAAAAACUCCGAUGUAUGGUGAUUAUGAAGCCCAACGGCAUUGGAUGGAAGUAACAAUUUCUAUACCAACUAUUCAAUGGUAUUUUAAUUCGACCGACAAUGAUCUAUUAUAUUGGGGUCUUGACUAUCCACCAUUGACAGCCUACCAUAGUUAUUUAAAUGGUUUAGUACUUAAAAAAAUCCUUCCAGAGUCCGUCCAACUCAAUACAUCUAGAGGUUUUGAGUCAAAUUUUCAUAAACUUCUCAUGAGGUAUUCUGUGCUUAUAGUUGACUUGUUGAUAUUCAUCCCGGCUGUUUGUUGGUUUUGUAGACAGUUUUUCAAAAUUAAGAAUAAUAACCAACUAAGUCAAACAAUGACCAUUGCAAUGGCAUUGUUGUACCCCGGCUUAAUAUUAAUAGAUCAUGGACAUUUUCAGUAUAACUGUGUUUCUCUUGGUUUAUUUGUGGCAAGCGUUGCUAGUAUGUUCGCCAAUAAAACCAUUUUCACUUGCAUUUUGUUCAGUAUGGCCUUAAACUACAAACAAAUGGAGUUAUACCACGCUUUGCCAUUUUUUUUUUAUUAUAUUGGAUUUAUUUAUGAAACUUAUAAAAAACAUUCAUUAGUUACAGCUUUAAAGACAUUAUCUAUUCUUGUAUUGAGUGUGACAAUAACAUUUUUAUUAUUAUGGUUUCCUUUUCUGAGUGAUCCCAAACAAAUGUUUCAAGUCAUACACAGAAUUUUCCCGUUAGAACGAGGUGUUUUCGAAGACAAAGUUUCCAAUAUAUGGUGUCUAAUUAAUGUUCUUUAUAAGUUGAGGAAUAUUAAUAAUAAAACCAUGGCUACUAUAUGCCUAUUAACAACAUUUAUCACGGUGUUGCCCACAUGCCUGGAUCUUUUAAAAAAUCCUUCCAAAAUAAAAUUUUUACUUUCAUUGAUUAAUUGUUCAUUGUCUUUUUUCCUAUUUUCAUUUCAAGUUCAUGAAAAAAGCAUACUUUUAGUUGCCAUACCAGUUUUAAUGUACGCUCCUCAAAAUGCAUUUAUGUGUUCUUGGUUUGUGUCCAUGACAACAUUUAGCAUGCUUCCAUUAUUGAUAAGGGAUAAUUUAUUGGUCCCAUUCAUUUCUUUGUCGUUAAUUUAUUUUAUUGUGCACUAUAAUAUUGAAAAAUUAAUUUCACAACAAAAAGAAACAUCAAAAUUACAUUUAAUACGUAAUUUAUCAUUAUUCGGAUGUACCAUAUUAACUGUUUGUGCCAUAGCAUUGAAACCUCCUGCGAAAUAUCCAGAUUUAUGGCCUUUGAUUAUAUCUGUUUAUAGUUGUAUGCAUUUUAUUUUGUUUUUGAUCUAUUUUAAUUUUAGUCAAUUAAUGUUGCAAGUUCCAAAAAAAAAAUUAUAUUAAGUUACUUAAAAUUCUGUUACUAGGGUUUAUUAAAUAAUUUUUUAUGAAUAUUAAAAAAUGUUUACUAUGAUUUCCUAUGUUUUUAAAGUGAAUAUCAUAAUAAUUUAUUAUAAAAGCUUAAACUUGAUAAUUUGUUUAAAUGUUAAAAAUGUAUACUGUAUGUAUUGAUAAAUUAAUUUAUAAACAAUUUUGUUUUUAAUUUAAAAAUACAAAAUUUUGUGUCAACUGUAUAGUUAUUUAAUUUUUUUUUGUAGACGACUAAGAAUACAUUUAUUAUUUUUAUUUUCAAGUAGUUUUAAGAAAACUAUGUUUUAAGAAAACUAUGUUUUAACUAAAUUGACAAUUUUAUAAAUGACAUUAUCAUUAAUAUUUUAGUUACUAUAUUAGUUAUUGUACAAUUAUUAAAUAUAAAGAAUGAAUUAUAUCAAUGUGAAAGUUUUAGUUUUGUUCUUUUCAUUUUACACCUCUGGCUUAUAUUAUUAUAUUAGUACAAACUAUGUAGAACUGUUAUUAUAACUAUCCAUACAUUCACAAUGAUAAUAUAUUACAAAAUAAGGGUAAAAUUAAGUGUAGAUUUUGACAAUGGACAAGGGUGUUUUAAAAAAGUUAGCAAUUUAUAUGACAUAUAGAAUAUAAAUACAGAAUUUUCUUAUGAAAUUACUUGAAUUCAAUAUUUUCAAAAUUGUAUUGCAUUAAGAAAAACUUAUCUUUACAGGUAAAUAUAGAUUGACCAUCUAAUUACUUUACUUUAUUUUAUUCCAAAAUUAACAUAGAACAACGGUAAAGCUUAACAUCUUAGUAUCUACAUACCAUAUUGUCAAUGUCAUGUUAUAAGCUUGAACUUUGAAUAUUUAUUAUGUAAAUACUAGGUAUAAUAAAUAAA